CCGGUUUCCUUGGUGACGGGCUACCCAGCGGUCGCCUGGUAACCGGUCGCGGCUGUACUGGCGGCGGCUGCGCAGGCGAGGAGGCCGCCUAGGUCUGUGGGCCCAAACCCGUGCGGGGCUCUUUCUAUUUGUUGUACGAUGGCGGCCGCCGCGGCAGUGGUUACGCCGUCGGGUUUGGAGAAUGGGGUGUCUCGGUCCCGCGGCGAAGGGGCGGGGGAAGUGGUCGUGGAGCGGGGACCCGGCGCGGCCUACCACAUGUUCGUAGUGAUGGAGGACCUGGUGGAGAAGCUGAAGCUGCUCCGCUAUGAGGAGGACCUCCUCCGGAAGAACAAUCUGAAGCCCCCGUCCAGACACUAUUUUGCUCUGCCUACCAACCCUGGGGAACAGUUCUACAUGUUUUGCACUCUAGCUGCUUGGUUGAUUAAUAAAGCAGGAAGUCUCUUCGAGCAGCCUCAAGAAUGUGAUGACCCUAAUGCCACAAUAUCUAACAUAUUAUCUGAGCUUCGGUCAUUUGGAAGAACAGCAGAUUUUCCUCCUUCAAAGUUAAAGUCAGGUUUUGGAGAGCAUGUCUGCUAUGUUCUUGACUGUUUAGCUGACGAAGCAUUAAAAUAUACUGGUUUCACCUGGAAAAGGCCAUCAUACCCAGUGGAAGAAUUGGAAGAAGAAACUGUGCCAGAAGAUGAUGCAGAAUUAACAUUAAAUAAAGUAGAUGAAGAAAUUGUGGAAGAGGAGACAGACAAUGAAGAAAAUUUUGUUGAUCUGAACAUUUUAAAGGCCCAGACCUAUCGUUUGGAUAUGAGCGAGUCUGCCAAACAAGAAGAUAUUUUGGAAUCCACAACAGAUGCUGCAGAAUGGAGUCUUGAAGUGGAACGUGUACUACCACAACUGAAAGUCACGGUUAGGACUGACAACAAGGAUUGGAGAAUCCAUGUUGACCAAAUGCACCAGCACAAAAGUGGAAUUGAAUCUGCUCUAAAGGAGACCAAGGGAUUUUUGGACAAACUCCAUAAUGAAAUUAGUAGGACUCUGGAAAAGAUUGGCAGCCGAGAAAAAUACAUCAACAAUCAGCUUGAGCAUUUGGUUCAAGAAUAUCGUACAGCUCAAGCCCAGCUGAGUGAGGCAAGGGAGCGAUACCAGCAGGGAAAUGGCGAAGUAACUGAAAGGACCAGACUCCUGUCUGAGGUUACAGAAGAACUAGAGAAGGUGAAACAAGAAAUGGAAGAAAAAGGCAGCAGUAUGACUGAUGGUGCUCCUUUGGUGAAGAUUAAACAGAGCUUAACAAAGCUGAAGCAAGAAACUGUUCAGAUGGACAUUAGAAUUGGUGUUGUGGAACACACAUUACUCCAGUCAAAACUGAAGGAGAAGUCCAACAUGACUAGAGACAUGCAUGCAACAGUCAUUCCAGAAUCUGUAAUAGGCUCUUAUUAAAGCAUACUGUUUUUUGGG